UUCCUUGAAAGUCAAAAUGCUCCCAUGGUAGUAUAUCACAAGCAUCAAGAAGACUGAAAACCACUUCGUCGGCUAGGGAUGCCGAAGAUCAUGGCAAAUUGGAACACAAUUACACCGACCCAUCACUCGCGCCAUCGACCGAGAGCGCGUAUAUUGUAUCUUGGGCUGCGCGCGCCACAACAAAGUCUGGCAAUUGUCUUCGCGAAGUGCUUGGUGGUCGGAAGCAUCUCGGUAUGCCGUAUCCAAAACUCACCACUGUUUGGCACUGUAUGCUUUCGCUCGAUUCUUGUGCCCUCAAUUCGCAAGACUUGCCCGAGCGAUGCGGCAUUGCUACAGAGCCACAUCCACGAGAAUACGGUCAGGGCGCAGCGAUUCAAUCGUGUGUGCUGGCAACGCGCGGCAGCCUCGCGGUUGGAGUCAGACUCGAGACUUCUUGGGCGCGGAGCGUGGUCAUCGUUCUCUUCUCUCGAUCCUUGGCAGCUACAGCGAUCAAGCUUCAAAAUGCGGUGAGCCAUGAGUAUCCGCGGUGCAAUAAGGUCCACACGCAGCCCCGGAAUGCCACGUACACAUAUAGCUUUUCCAAAGCGCCACCUCGCCAAGACGUUCCUGUUUCAGGUUGCAUGAGGACUCGUCAAUGCGACUCACAAGUGUAUAAGGUACCUAUCUCAAACGGCCAGGUGCAACAUAGAGCUCUUACGUUGAGCACCCUCACCCUGGAUACAUGCGCGUAGCUGCUACCAUUCACAGGAUGUUCCCUGAAUUGCAUGUUGAGACAUCUAA